UUAAUCGUGAAACUAUAACUAUAUUUUUGUUUUAUAAAUUUUAUUGUGUUAUUACUUAUUAUAUUUAUUAAGGUCCAAUUUAGGUCAAGAGUUAAUGUACAAUUUCCGAAUACCAUUUUGUAAUCUUACCUAGUUUUAUGUUAAGAUAGAUACGUUGCCAAAGUUUUUCUUCCUUAUUUUUGCAACAAUUGAAGAUAUAGUAGAAAUAUUAUAACUGUUUACAUUUUAAUGGUAUUAUGGAGAAAGAUGAUACAACUGUGACAAAAUUCGCUUUAGAUGAAAUAUCCAUUUAUGCGAAAAUUAAUUGGUUAAAUACUGACACCAGUGUGUUCCAUAUUAAAAUAUACGAUGACACUAACACUUGGUCCGGUUCUUUUUCUAAGGAAUUGGCCGAAGAAUGCAGAAGAGAUGUUUUAGAAAACGAAGAUGUUUAUUUAACAAAUGUUAAACUAUGCUUAUCUUGUCCCAAUGAUGAGUAUGUUUACGAUUUUAAGACAUUUGAAAACACUGCUACAUUUAAAUGGAUAAAACAAGCGAAAUUAGUUCAUGGAUAUGUAAAUUUAGAUAAGGAUGUUUCUGCAAGUAAAAAUGCAUUGAUUGACUAUCUUAUAGACAAAACUACACUACAAAAGAAAGAAAUAACAACAUUUGACCAAAGAAUUAAAGAAAUGAGACUGGAAAUUGAUGGAUUGAAAGAAGAGCUAUCUAAGUUUGCAGAAACCAAAAUAACUAUGGAAGAAUGCUUGUAUGGAAAAUUUGUGUCAAUUUUAAACACAAAAAAAUCAAGAAUACAGUUUUUAGAAGAUCAAUUGAAGAAUUAUGAAAAAAUAUAAUACAUUGUUAUGUUCAAUACUAAAAUUAGAAGAGCAAAAAAGUUUGUCUAAGACAGUCAAGUUUGUUAUACAAACAAAGGUGAUUCUUGGACUCUAGUUUUAAUGUGCCAAACCCGAAAUUAUGGAGUCCACGCCUCCAACAAUUAUUAGUUCUUCCCAAUAAUGGCAAAAAUAUAAAGAUUAUAAAAUAAUCAAUUAAUAAUUUAUUAAAAAUGUUUUUU